CCGUUCCGCUGAAUCCGCUCGGUCUCCCGUGCACAGUUUCAGCGCUUCUUUCAGGUUCGCCGGAGCAAACCGGAAGGAGAAAUCGGUGGAGUGUCAGGCGAACCACCUCCAGUUUGCAUUAUCAAGUUUUACCAGACGCGGGCCGCUCUAGGAAAAGUAAACUGGUCUGUCGUCGGAAGAUUAUGGGAUGCUUAGGCACUGGGGGGCCAUUGCUAUAAAGCCUAGGUCAAAUCGCAUCUCUCUAUUCCAUAACAAUCUUUCCCUCCGCCUACCUCUCCUCCAGAGUGGUCGCUGUAUCCAUACCCUCUCCUCUUUCAGUAACUCAAACACCAUGAAGACCCCCUACGUUACCCCUCACAUCCUCCACCGCAACUAUGCUCAGGCGGCUGACCAGGAUGUCGCAGGUCACCUCAUUGGGCGUGACCUCGAGUACUUCUCGCAAGCCGGCUUUGACAUGGACAGCAUCCAACUGAAGCGCAACGCGCCUGUCGCUCAGCUCUACGAGGACGCGAUCCGCUACGAAGGUGCAAUCAUCUCUUCGUCAGGGGCUUUGAUCAACUUUUCCGGCAAGAAGACUGGUCGUAGUCCCAAGGACAAGCGUAUCGUUUAUGAAGAGACAAGCAAGGAUGAUAUAUGGUGGGGAUCUGUCAACAUCAAGAUGGAUGAACACACUUUUGAGAUCAACCGAGAGCGUGCCAUCGAUUACCUUAACACACGCGACAAUGUUUACGUAUUCGACGGCUUUGCUGGAUGGGACCCUAAGUACCGUAUCAAGGUCCGGGUCAUCUGCGCUCGCGCCUACCAUGCGCUCUUCAUGAACAACAUGCUGAUUCGUCCGACUGAGGAGGAGUUGGAAAACUUCGGCGAGCCUGAUUUCAUCAUCUACAACGCCGGUCAGUUCCCCGCCAACCGUUUCACCAAGGGCAUGUCGUCCACGACCUCCGUGGAGAUCAACUUCAAGCGCAUGGAGAUGGUUAUCCUCGGUACGGAGUACGCAGGCGAAAUGAAGAAGGGUAUCUUCUCCGUCAUGCACUAUCUUCAGCCAAUCAAGUUCGGGCAGCUUUCGUUGCACUCGUCCGCCAAUGUCGGUAUGGAGAAGGGCGACGUCACUUUGUUCUUCGGUCUCUCUGGGACGGGCAAGACCACGCUGUCCGCAGACCCUCGUCGUCUCUUGAUCGGUGAUGAUGAGCACGUUUGGUCCGAUUCUGGUGUCUUCAACAUUGAGGGUGGAUGCUACGCCAAGUGUAUCAACCUUUCGCGCGAGAAGGAGCCUGAAAUCUUUAACGCCAUCCGGUUCGGAUCCAUCCUCGAGAACGUCGUCUACAACCCCGCCACCCGGAGUCCUGAUUACGAUGACAUCAGCAUCACGGAGAACACUCGGUGUGCCUACCCGAUCGAAUACAUCCCAAACGCGCAGAUUCCAUGCGUAGUCGACACCCAACCGAGCAACAUCAUCAUGCUCACCUGCGACGCGUUUGGUGUACUUCCCCCCGUCAGCAAGCUGUCGCCUGAUCAAGCCAGCUACCACUUCCUAGCCGGAUAUACCUCAAAAACACCAGGAACGGAGGAUGGUGUCCUUGAGCCUAUACCCACUUUCUCUACCUGCUACAGUGCACCCUUUAUUGUCCUUCACCCUGGUCGUUACGCUGAGAUGCUUGCUGAGCGCAUGGCGAAACACAACGUCUCUUGCUGGCUCAUCAACACCGGUUGGACGGGCGGCAAGUACGGCUAUGGAAAGCGUUGUCCGCUCCCCUACACCCGCCGCAUCGUCGACGCGGUACACUCGGGCGAAUUGCUUCAAGCCGAGUAUGAGGAGUUUGGCGUUUUCGGGCUUCAGAUCCCGACGUCGCUUGAGGGCGUUCCCCGCGAGCUGCUGAACCCGCGCCUUGCGUGGUCGGACAAGGAGUCGUUUGAGCGCGAGGUGCGUAAGCUGGGAGGCAUGUUCCAGAAGGCGUUCAAGCUCUACGAGCCGGACGUGAGCGAGAACGUGAGGGCAGCGGGGCCCAAACUUGACUGAGAGCGCUGUAAUGUAAGGGGGUGUUAGAGAGGCGAUAGGCCAGUGUGGGCGGGCGUACGGACUUGCAUGCUCUUCCGAACUGGGUGAUCUUGUAUUUGUAGUAAAGUAGAAGAUCGGUAGCAUAAUCUUGUUUAUCAUUCAUAUGUGGAAUUUGCGCAUGUUAUCUCUUAUGUCGAGGAGUCUGAUCAGAAC